GAGGCGGCAGCGCGGGGCGUGUCGGGAAAGCGGCGGGCUGGUGCGAUCCUUAGCGGCGGUAGCGGCUGCUGCGAAGGGAGCCAUGGUGGGAGGCGAGGCCAGCGCCGCGGUGGAGAAACUAGUUUCCGGCGUACGGCAGGCCGCCGACUUCGCCGAGCAAUUUCGUUCGUACUCGGAGAGUGAGAAGCAAUGGAAAGCGCGCAUGGAGUUCAUCCUGCGCCAUCUGCCUGAUUACCGAGACCCACCCGACGGCGGCGGCCGCCUGGACCAGCUGCUGUCCCUAUCCAUGGUCUGGGCCAACCACCUCUUCUUGGGUUGCAGUUACAAUAAAGACCUUCUGGACAAGGUGAUGGAAAUGGCUGAUGGGAUUGAAGUGGAAGACCUGCCACAGUUUACAACCAGAAGUGAACUAAUGAGAAAGCAUCAAAGCUAAGGCAGAUCUCCACAUUCCCACCCUGGGGACAGACUUAGGAAGGAGGCCGGGGUGAAGGUGACUGAACAUUGGCAGCUCUUGAGUGAGAUUCCUGGUAUUUGCAGCAUAGAGGCAGCUGGAAUGGAAAAGGACGGGGCCCAAGGGCUUCAAAGACGUCUUCGUUCUUCCAGGAUUGCUGUAAAAAUACACAUGCAUAUUUAUGUAGUCAUAUAUGGUGAACUCUCAGAAAUUUCAUCAGGUUGUCAAAGCCAAACUUUGUUUGAAAUGCCUUUUAUGUUGAUAUAACAAUGACAGGUGAUAAAUUUUAUAAUUUGAUUUUUUUUUAAAACAGAGUACCUGUAAAUAUAAUUCUUGUUUUGCUGUACCUUGACCCAUGUUUGUCCUGAGGCAAGACAGACCCUCUGUGUCCUUAUCUCUACCUGAACCCACUGUAUAUUUAUACCUCACCACUGAUGGCCACCAAAGGACAGUGUACUAACCAGCUGUAUCUGGAGCACCCCCACUGCUGGGCUCAGGGACCUUUGUGUAGGAAAUGGGAAUCAUAUUUAGGCCCUGAAGUAGCAGAGCUAGCUCACAGGCAGGAGGCAAUGUACAAAAAAGCAUCCAGCCUCAUUUUAAAAUUCACUGAGGAUUAGAGAUGUAGCUCAGUGGUAGAGUACUUCCUUAGCAUGCUUGAGGUCCUGGGUUUGGUCCCUAGUAUUUCAAAGAAAGAAAAAAAAUAGAUUUAAAAAUUGCUGGAAACAUGGUUUUAUUCCGCCAACCAGAUGAUUUCUAGGUACUAGAUGCCCAUGUGCCUGCAUUUUUUGUUUGUUUCCAGAAGGCUUUCUCAUGUGAAGAACUAACUACCUUGCAUAUCACUUCUGGAUUGCAAUGCAGUCCUGCUUGCUCUGAGACAGUGGUCUUGACAUUCCACCUGACAGCUGGCAUAUGUGUUCUAACCCCCUUCCAAUUCUCUGUAUUUAGUCACGAUUAGAUAACAGCUGUGGGGAGCUGUGGAGCAGUGUACACAGCAGGACUCAUCAAUGGCAGGCCCAUUAUGACCAGAAAGGCAGUGGGGUCUGCCUUAGCCUCAUCGGCUGGAUACAGGAAAUUGGACACCCAGAGGCUGGGGCCACUGCUGUUUAGUCAGAGCAGGGGACACAUUCUUUUUUGUGGUGUGAGAUAAAGGCCACACCUUUAUGUGGCUUCAGCUCCAGUCCCCAGUCACCCUUGAUUUGAUUGAUACCUUGGACAAGCUUCUCCAAGGCAAUGAAAGAAAGACCGCCUGUCACAGGGAAAUGGCAAGGUGGUGACUGUUGGAGGGCAGAGCUCUGUGCUCACUGAGCUGGAGCCUCAUCUUCUCAGAUGCAGCCUAGCCUUCAUCCAUUCUAAUCAUCUGCAGAUUUGUGAGGCUUAAAAGCAAAAUGCACUUUCCAUAGAUUGUUGAUUUUAUUUCCUGUCUACAACCCCCAAUAAAACAGCUUUUCCAUUGAGUGAA